AUGGAUUCGGAAUACGGUCCCAAUAAGAAGUCAGAGUUUGAAACGAAGGGAGAAUAUGAGUUCAAAGAUAAAAAAUUAGAGCUCGAAGCGCUAACCCAUAAAUCUUACUGUUACGAAAAUCCGAUGUCCGGGCAUCAUAAUGAGAGAUUAGAAUUUUUGGGGGAUUCAAUAGUUGGGUUCUUGGUCGCGAGAUACCUGUAUAAGAAAUUUCCAGAGCACACGGAAGGUCAACUAUCAAUGUUAAGGGCAAAAAUAGUAUGUAAACAAUCAUUAGCAAGGUUUGCGGUUCAGUUGGGUCUGGACAGAAAACUUCGGUUGGGGUUGGGUUCUAUGGGCUCAAGGAACAAUGAAAAAAUACUAGAAGAUGCGUUUGAAGCAUACAUUGGGGCAAUAUUUUUGGACUCUAACAUAGAUGUUGUGGAGAAACAUAUAGAAAAACUUAUUGCACCCGUUAUUGAUCAGAUUAGUAAGUCCUCGAGCACGGUGCCUCCCCCAGAACCCUUCCCUGUCCAUAAAGGGGCCACAGGACCUAUAGAUUUAGAACUACCAUCGACGCUCGAGCAUCAAGAUCCUAUCGGCAGACUACAAACUUGGUCCCUUAAAAAAGGCUUUCCAGUACCGUUUUAUCGGGAGGUUAGCGUCACCGGUAUUGCACACGAACCAAUAUUCACGAUAGAUGUACAUAUUAAUGGGAAGCCUGCUGGCACCGGGGUGGGAAGAAAUAAAAAGGAGGCGAAAAAAAAUGCAGCAAUUGAAGCCUACAAAUAUCUUACUUCCGAUACUCAGUCUUCAAAUAGUAAAUUUCCAAAUAGUCGGUUUUCAGCAAAUAGUCCUGAAGUUUUCACUGGACCUUCCAAUUAG